UUACGGGUAACAGUAUUUCUGGCGAGCUACUACAGCUUUAGGCUAGAGUCAGGCUAUACCUGUGUUGUCUCAUCAGUGUGCUAUAAUGAGAAGUUUUUUCUCUUUCUGUAUUUUUAGUUUUUAUUUUGGUCCAUCUGUUUACACUUGGAUCACAAGUCACGCCUUUAAAUGGGUAUUAAAUUAAUCUUUUAAAAAGAAAGAAAGCAAACGAAGGAAUGAACGAUUAAUGUUGACAUUUCAUUUUUGUCGGUUUAAUUACUAAAUAUCUUAUCUCUGAUUCUGUCCUUUUCUCGGCUAAAAUUGGCCUCCCUACAUCAUAAAUAUUAGAGCACCAGGGAGGUAAAAUUUCUCUUUUGUUAAACAAUAACCCAUAGAGUUCAACAUUAAGAUCUAGGACUUUCCCCUUUCGCGGUGCGCGCUCCCGCGCGGAGCAUACUAUUCUUAGCGGCCAGAACUCAGCAUAACACCUGUGUCGGCGCUGUUGUGGGGAAGUCGGAUCGUGACAGAAUAGCAGUAGUGGACUGUAAACAUGGCGGCGUGCAUAGCUACUGCGCUCUGCCGAACACCCUAUUACUUUUAGUCUGAGAGCCGGAGACACCCCAAAAAUGGAGACCGAAGAGGAGCAGCAUAUAACGACGCUCCUCUGUAUGGGUUUCCCAGACCCCGACGAGAUACGAAAAGCGCUCCGACUGGCAAAAAACGACAUCAACGAAGCAGUGGCGCUACUGACGAACGAAAGCCCCGGACUCGGGUAUGGAUAUGAACCGAUGGAGAGUGGGCCUGCCCCCGUCUUGGGCUCGAGUGGAGACGGGGAAAACAGCGGGCGGACCGGGACGGGAGGGUUUGACCCCCCGCCCGCAUACCACGAUGUAGUGGAUAGCGAGAGGAGCAAUGAUGAGAACGGGAACUGCUCCGGGGGUAGCAUGGAGUUCCCCACCACCAACCUCUAUGAGCUGGAGAGUCGAGUCUUUACCGAUCACUGGUCCAUACCUUAUAAGAGAGAGGAGUCUCUGGGCAAGUGUCUCAUUGCGUCCACUUGCCUCGCCCGUCAUGGUCUUGCUGACGCUGAUGAGAACUGCAAGCGGUUUAUGGAUCGGUGCAUGUCGGAAGCCUUUAAAAAGUUGCUGACUAGCAGUGCUGUACACAAAUGGGGCACAGAGAUUCAUGAGGGAAUCUACAACAUGCUCAUGUUGCUGGUGGAGCUGGUUGCAGAGAGGGUCAAGCAGGAGCCCAUACCUGUAAACCUGAUGGGUGUCCUGACUAUGGCCUUCAACCCUGAUAAUGAGUACCAUUUUAAGAAUCGAAUGAAAGUGUGCCAGAGGAACUGGGCUGAAGUUUUCGGAGAGGAGGCCAACAUGUUUGCUUUUUCUCCUAGCAACACCUAUCAAAAAGAGCCCCAUGGUUGGUUGGUUGAUUUGGUGAAUCAAUUUGGAGAGCUGGGUGGAUUCUCUGCCAUCCAGAAUAAGCUGAACGCAGAGGAAAUCGAGAUUGCUUCUGUAUCAGCUCUGGUCCAGCCUCUUGGUGUAUGUGCAGAAUACCUAAACUCCAGCCUCGUCCAGCCCAUGCUUGAUCCAGUCAUCCACAAGAUGAUCACAUAUGUACAGAACCUGGAGGAAAAGGACCUCAAAGACAAGCGUCUGGUGAGCAUCCCAGACCUGCUGUCAGCCAUCAAGCUUCUCUGUAUGAGGUUCCAGAGGGAGCUAGUUACUGUGGUGGAUGACCUCCGGCUGGACACUCUGCUGCGUAUGCUCAAAACCCCCCACUUCUCCACCAAGAUGAAUUCCCUCAAAGAGGUGACCAAAUUAAUAGAGGAGAGCACGGUGUCAAAGACGGUUAAAAAUGCCAUUGACACAGAUAAACUGCUAGACUGGCUCGUAGAGAACUCAGUUCUGUCAAUAGCACUGGAGGGUAACAUUGAUCAGGCUCAGUACUGUGAAAGAAUUAAGGGAAUCAUUGAGCUGCUUGGGAGUAAAUUGUCACUGGAUGAACUUUCAAAGAUCUGGAGAAUACAGGCUGGCCAGUCCUCAACUGUGAUAGAAAACAUUCAUACAAUCAUUGCUGCUGCUGCUGUGAAGUUCAGCUUUGAUCAACUCACCCACCUCUUUGUGCUCAUAGAGAAGAGCUGGGAGGUUGAGAGUGACCGUGUGAGGCAGAAGCUGCUCAGUCUGAUCGGGAGAAUCGGCAGAGAAGCUCGCUCUGAAACCACAACUGGAAAGGUGCUGGAGGUGCUGUGGGAGUUGGCUCAUUAUGCUGUCAAGGAGACGGUGAAACGCAGUUACAUCAUUAAAUGUAUUGAGGACAUUAAGAAGACUCACACUCAGGAAAUCAGUAAAGGCAACGACAGUCAGAGUUCAUUUCUUACUGGCACUUGGGGGAAGAAGAAAUCUAACUCUUUGGCGAAAGCUUCUCAGCAGAGCAGUCCUCAGGCAGUCUGGGUUGUUCCUGCUCUCCGUCAGUUGCACGAGAUCACUCGUUCUUUCAUCAAGCAGACCUAUCAGAAACAAGACAAAAGCAUCAUCCAGGACUUGAAGAAGAACUUUGAGAUCGUCAAACUGAUAACAGGAUCUCUGGUGUGCUGCCAUCGACUUGCCAUGACUGCUGCAGGAAACAGUGGCCUCUCAGGCUCGACUCUAGUAGAUGGACGAUAUACCUAUCAGGAGUAUCUGGACAGCCAUCUGCGGUUCCUAGCGUUCUUCCUUCAGGAGGCCAGCCUCUACCUGGUGUGGAACAGGGCCAAGGAGCUCUGGGAGUGCCUGGUGUCGGGGCCGGACGUCUGUGAACUGGACCGUGAGAUGUGUUUUGAGUGGUUCACCAAAGGACAGCAUGACCUGGAGAGUGAUGUUCAGCAGCAGCUCUUCAAGGAGAAGAUCUUAAAACUGGAGGCCUAUGAGAUCACCAUGAAUGGUUUCAGUCUGUUUAAGACCUUCUUUGAGAACGUUAAUCUGUGUGACCAUCGCCUGAAACGCCAGGGAACUCAGCUGUGUGUGGAACGCCUCGACCUGGCAGGGAUGGAUUUUAUCUGGCGCAUCGCCAUGGAAACUCCUGAUGAAGAGAUAGCCAAUGAAGCAAUCCAGCUCAUCAUCACAUAUAGCUACACCAAUCUCAAUCCUAAAAUGAAGAAGGAUUCCGUGUCUUUGCACAAGAAGUUCAUUGCUGAUUGUUACAAGAGACUAGAUGCAGCGAGUUCGGCCCUCGGUGGGCCUACUUUGACACAUGCCGUUACUAAGGCAACAAAGAUGCUGACAGCCACUGCCAUGCCAACUGUGGCCACAUCUGUACAAUCACCAUCCAGAUCCACUAAGCUUGUGAUAAUCGAAAGACUGCUGCUAUUGGCUGAACGCUACGUCAUUACUAUAGAGGAUAUGUACUCAGUUCCUCGCACUAUUCUACCUCAUGGGGCCUCGUUCAAUGGUCACCCUGUCACUCUUCACAUCACCUAUGAGUCAACCAAAGACACUUUCACCUUAGAGACCCAUAGUAAUGAGACAGUAGGAAGUAUCCGGUGGAAGAUAUCAGAGCACCUGAGCUGUCCAGUUGAUAAUGUCCAGAUAUUUGCCAAUGAUAGUGUGUUGACCAUGAAUCGUGACCAGAAGCUGCUUUCCCAACUUGGCUUCAGCGAUGAGCAGUGCCUGACUGUGAAGAGUUCGAGCACUGGCACUCCCUCUGGCAGCUCUGAGUCCUCAGCCUCUGCCUCUAGCAGUUCCAGCUCUGCUGUCUUCAACUCUGCUUACGCCUUGGAGCAGGAGAAGUCUCUGCCUGGCGUAGUGAUGGCUUUGGUGUGUAAUGUGUUUGAGAUGCUUUACCAGCUGGCUAACCUAGAUGAAUCCAGGAUCACUCUUCGUGUAAGGAAGCUACUGCUCCUGAUUCCGACAGAUCCAGAAGUUCAAGAUGCCCUUGACAACUUUGUUCCAAAAGAAUCCAGUGUCUGGAGCCAUCAGAAGACACUGUUCACGCUCGGCCAGGGCACAGGCUCUCGUUCUCCAUCUAUGGCCUCCAAGCAGCAGCACCAGCCCAGUGCUACAUCCAUCUUGGAAUCCCUGUUCAGAUCCUCAGCACCUGGCAUGUCCACUUUCAGAGUGCUGUACAACCUGGAGGUGUUGAGUUCGAAGCUCAUGCCCACAUCUGAUGAUGAGAUGGCUAAAACCAGCAGCAGAUCCUUCUGUGAAAAUUUCCUUAAAGCAGGAGGUCUCAGCCUGGUGGUGAAUGUUAUGCAGAGAGAUUCCAUCCCAUCAGAGGUGGACUAUGAGACCAGACAAGGAGUGUACUCAAUCUGUCUUCAGUUGGCCAGGUUCCUUCUGGUUGGUCAGAGCUUGCCAGCAAUGCUGGAUGAUGAUGUCAUUAGGGAUGGUGACGCGCUGUCAUCCCGUCCGUUUCGUAACGCUGGGCGUACCGGGCGACAGCUGUCUCUUUGUGGAACUCCAGAGAAGUCUUCCUACAGGCAGGUGUCUUUGUCUGAGCGCUCGUCCAUAAGAGUGGAGGAGAUCAUACCUGCUGCUCGUGUAGCUAUUCAGACCAUGGAGGUGAAUGACUUCACCUCCACUGUGGCCUGUUUCAUGCGUCUGACCUGGGCAGCUGCAGCAGGCAGAUUAGAUUUGGUUGGUAGCCCACAACCAAUCAGAGAGAGCCACACCUCUGUUCUGGCACAGGGAGUCCGCACCAGAGUCAGCAGCACUGGAAGUAACUGCAGCUCCAGCAGUGAGGGCGAGGCCACACCGACGGCAUUGCAUGCAGGGAUAUGUGUCAGACAGCAGAAUGUCUCCAUCAAAGAUGCCAUCAUUGCCCGUGAGGCUCUGUCACUGCUGGUUACCUGUCUGCAGUUACGCUGUCAGCAAUUCUGUUCUUUUUACAACCUUCCCUCCGUCAGUGAUUUCAUCAUUGAUAUUCUGCUGGGAUCUCCCAGCGGAGAGAUCCGUCGUGUGGCUUGUGAUCAGCUGUACACUCUGAGCCAGUCUGACACUUCAGCCUUCCCUGAAGUCCAGAAACCCAACUUGUUCCUCCUCUCUGUCAUACUCACUGCUCAGCUGCCACUGUGGAGCCCCACAUCUGUCAUGAGAGGGGUCAACCAGAGGUUGCUAUCCCAGUGCACAGAGUACUUUGACCUAAGAUGUCAGCUUCUGGAUGAUCUAACCACAUCAGAGAUGGAGGUGUUAAAAGUGAGUGCAGCCACCAUGCUGGAAGAUGAGAUCUCUUGGCUCAACAACUUUGAGCCUAGCUGGAGUUCUGAGAUGGAGACUAGCGAGGCAGACAACAUCCUCCUGGCAGGACACCUCCGACUCAUCAAGACUUUGCUCUCACUCUGUGGCAAUGAAAAGGAACAUCUGGGUCCAUCGUUGAUCCAGCAGUUAUUGGAUGACUUCCUGUUUCGAGCUUCACGUAUCAUCAUCAACAGCUCCAAUCCCACUCCUUCCCUGGCCCCCAGCCACGACUUCCACCCCAAGUGCAGCACAGCCAGCAGCAGACUGGCAGCCUAUGAGGUGCUGGUGAUGCUAGCAGACAGCUCUCUGUCAAACCUCCGACUGAUCACCAGAGAGUUACUGUCCAUGCACCACCAGUCUGAUCCCUCUCUCUGCAAGGAGUUUGAUUAUCUACCCCCAGUAGAGAGCCGUUCAGUCUCAGGUUUUGUUGGACUGAAGAAUGGAGGAGCCACAUGUUACAUGAAUGCUGUGUUCCAGCAGCUCUACAUGCAGCCUGGCUUACCAGAGGCUUUCCUGUCCAUUGAGGAUGACACAGACCAGCCAGAAGAGAGUGUCUAUUACCAGGUCCAGUCUUUGUUUGGACAUUUGAUGGAGAGCAAACUGCAGUACUAUGUACCUGAAAACUUCUGGAAGAUCUUCAAGAUGUGGAACAAGGAGUUGUAUGUUAGAGAACAGCAGGAUGCAUAUGAGUUCUUCACUAGCCUGGUGGACCAGCUUGAUGAACACCUCAAGAAAAUGGGUCGAGAACAGAUCUUCAAAAAUACAUUUCAGGGAAUCUUCUCAGACCAGAAGAUAUGUAAAGACUGUCCGCAUCGAUAUGAACGUGAAGAAACAUUCAUGGCUUUGAACCUUGGAGUUACAUCUUGUCAGAGUUUAGAGAUCUCAUUGGAUCAGUUUGUCAGAGGAGAAGUGCUAGAGGGCAGCAACGCCUACUACUGUGAGAAAUGCAAAGAGAAGAGGACCACAGUGAAGAGGACAUGCAUCAAAUCACUGCCCAGUGUUCUCUGUAUUCACCUCAUGCGCUUUGGCUUUGACUGGGAAAGUGGACGCUCCAUCAAAUAUGAUGAACAAAUUAGGUUUCCCUGGGUGCUGAACAUGGAGCCUUACACUGUCUCUGGAAUGGCUCGUCAAGAUUGCAGCGGAGAGGGCGGCGAGGGGCGAGGUGAUGCUGCCUCCGGAGGGUCACCCAGAAAGAAAGUCACAAUUUCUGAGAACUAUGAACUUGUGGGAGUUGUUGUCCACAGUGGGCAGGCACAUGCUGGACACUACUACUCCUUCAUCAAAGAUAGACGUGGCAGUGCCCGGGGACGCUGGUACAAAUUUAAUGACAACAUGGUAGAGGAGUUUGAUAUGAAUGAUGAAACUUUGGAGUACGAGUGCUUUGGAGGAGAGUACCGCCCCAAAGUUUAUGACCAGUCCAACCCAUACCCUGAUGUGAGGAGGAGGUACUGGAACGCCUACAUGUUGUUCUAUCAGAAGAUUAGCGACCAGAACUCACCUGUCCUGCCCAAAAAAAGCAGAGUCAGCAUCAUGAGGCAAGAGGCUGAGGACCUUACCCUGUCUGCACCAUCCUCUCCUGAUGUUUCCCCACAGUCCUCUCCUCGCCCCCCGAGGGCCAACAAUGACCGCCUCACCCUGCUCACCCGCCUGGUCCGCAAGGGAGAGAAGAAGGGCCUGUUUGUAGAGAAGAUGCCUGCCAGCAUUUAUCAGAUGGUGAGAGAUGAGAAUCUGAAGUUUAUGAGGAACAGAGACGUCUAUAACAGCGACUACUUCAACUUCACCCUCUCACUGGCAUCUGUCAAUGCAACAAAACUGAAGCAUCCGGACUACCAGCCUAUGGCCAAAGAGAGUCUCCAGCUGGCAGUUCACUUUCUCUUCCACACCUACCUGCACACCAAAAAGAAGCUCCGGGUGGACACAGAGGAGUGGAUGGCCACAGUGGAAGUGCUGCUGUCUAAGAGCAGUGAAGCGUGCCAGUGGAUGGUGCAAUACCUGGUCGGACCAGAGGGGCGAGAGAUCACCAGGGUUUGUCUGUUGGAGUGCAGUGUGAGGGAGGUGAGGGUGGUGGUAGCAUCCAUCCUUGAAAAGACUCUGGAGAGUGCGCUUCUCUUUAGAGACCCAGGAUUGGACAGUUUGACUGACGUCCUUCUCUCCUUACUGGACAAAGAUGUCCCAGAGAAUGUGAAAAAUUGUGCGCAGUACUUCAGCCUCUUCAGUAACUUCGCUCAGAGGGGUUGCAGUCCUUGUCAGCUGUUGUUGAAACACUCAGCUUAUCGCCGGAUGCUCAUCUUCCUGUUGGGACCCAAUAGGCAGAACAACCAGAACCGGCGGUGGAGUCCAGCUCAGGCUCGUGAGUUUCUUCACCUACACAGCACUCUGGCUUUCAUCACUCUGCAUUCUGACCUCAGCCCACAGCAGACGCAAGCUCCAGGGGGCUUUAAACUGCGUGUGAGUAGUGUCACAUCCUCCACUCCCCUCCUCCCCCUCCACACGGACAUCCUGGUCUCACUUUUCACUCCAGAGGGACAGCCUUACCUUCUCGAGGUGAUGUUUGCCAUGCGCGAGUUGUCAGGUCCCUUGUCUGUUUUGAUAGAGAUGGCGACCUACUGCUCAUACUGCAACGAACCUUUUUCCCUGGGUGUGCUGCAGUUACUCAAGACCCAGCUGGAGACAGCUCCACCUCAUGAACUGAAGAACAUUUUUCAGAUGCUGCAGGAGCUACUAGUUGUGGAAGAUCCUCUACAAUCCCAGAGACUCAAGUAUGCUUUUGAGUCAGAUAAAGGCCUGUUAGCUCUGAUGCACCAGAGCAACAACGUGGACAGCAGGCGCUGCUACCAGUGUGUGAAAUUCCUGGUCACCUUAGCUCAGAAGUGUUCCCCAGCCAAGGAUUACUUCAAGGACUUGUCUGGUCACUGGAGCUGGGCAGUACAGUGGCUACAGAAAAAGAUGACAGAAUAUUACUGGACUCCACAGAGCAACAUCUCCAAUGAGACAUCCACCAAUAAAACCUUCCAGCGCACUAUCUCUGCACAGGACACCCUGGCCUAUGCCACAGCAUUAUUAAAUGAGAAGGAGCAGUCUGGCAGUAGUAACGGCUCUGAUGGCAGUCCAGCAAAUGAAAACGCCGACCACAGCCUCCGACAGGGGUCGGAGUCACCCAUGAUGCUGGGUGAUUCAAAGAGCGAUCUAGAAGAUGUAGAUCCCUAGCUCCUCUAUCCAGCAGGAACCCUCUGAGCAAGAGGCGGCACAGCUCCAGACAGUCGAUCAAGAAGGGCUGCACUUCACCUCUGAUUGGCCAGGACAUUUAGGACUCCACAACAAGCCAAUCAGAAUGCUCAUUCUCUUGGUCACUAGGGCAAUAAAGGAGCUAUGAAUAAAUCAUAAAUUACUUCCUUUCAGAGUAGCCAGGGCCAUGAUGGAGAUGUAUUAUCAUUAAGAGCAUCAGAGUUGAUUAGAGGGAUGUGCAACAACCUUACACAGUCGCAGAUUGACUUCAGUUUGUCCUUUUAUUCAUUCAUUCACAACAGAAUGACAGUGAGGUCGAGGAUGGCACUGGGUUGCGUUUUAACAAUUUUCUGUUCACAUUUGCCAAUAUAUCGACAUAGAUGUAUUCAUUGUAAAGAUUUGUUUCAUAGAUGUAAUUUUCAAUGUAAAACAAUAUUUUAAAGUCUCCUGUGCUCUUCUCCACAGCCAUGAAAAUAGAGAGAGGUCACAUUAGGUGCUCUAGAGGAACUUGCAGACACACAUGCACUUGUACAGGAACAACUUCACACACCAAGCACCUGGGGGGGGGACGGGGCUUAGUAUGCACUUUAUAGUCCAGCCCAGUCUAAUGUGACAUACAGCAGCACUGGCAGUUCCUCUAGAGCCUUGUCUUCUUUUGCUUUGAACAUUUUCUAUUUUCAGUGCCACUUAUGUAGACAUAUUGAAGCCCUGAAAGCAGGUCACUUUGCCUGUGACAUAACCUUUGACCCCUCAUGGCAACAUUACAGUACGGGGCUGGCAGUGCCCUAGAAACAGGACAGAUCCAGGGCCUCAGCAAAUCUCAUAAAAGCAGUGCCAUGGGCAGCACUCUCCCUCUGACUGCUGCUUCUUAUCCUCACUGACAGGCAGCCUUCUGAUGAGCUGGAUUUUAUUCUUCUCAUUGCUGUGUUUUAUUUUCUCUGCCACUUUUCUGCAACUGAAUGAAUUAAAUAUCAAAGAAGAUGAUUAGGACUCAAGCCUUAUGCAAGUUGAGCUGAUCUGGAAGCACACAGAUCAGUCAAGGUGGGCCAUCAGUUCCCAGCCUGAGGGGGAGCUCAGGAGUGUGCUUUAUUGUUUGUUUGUUUUUUUAAGGUGCCAAGGUUACACACACACACACACAGUAACACACUGUAAUAGAACUUAAGAAAAACAUGCAAAUGUGUCAUUGACUUGGCUCACAAACACAAAGGUCGUUGUUACUUCUGCUUCAUCAGGUUUAAGUUUUUUGCCAUUGAAGUUUUGUUUUGCCUUUUUGGAGACACAAACAGGGAGCUGAACCCAAAUGCAGUUUUGCUCGAGAACUGGUCGUGGAUCCAUCAUCCCCACCCUAAUCAUCGGGAGAACUGAAGUGCCUUAACCUCCCGAUCUCUGCCUCCCCCACCUCUGACUCUGUAUGGUCACAUCUCUGGCGGAGGUGUGUACACAUCUGCCACACCUGUCCUCUGUCACGCCAAACCAUUGGCUCCUGAGGUCAAAUUGUCUUGCUGUAGGAGUGUGACAGAGCUUAUUCAUCCUCCUUAAGACCCAGAUAAUACAGGGAAAAGGACUACAAAUGUCACUGCUGGUUGUAAAUUCUGUGUGUUUGGGGAAGCAUGGGGGGUGUAGGUUCUACCUUUAAAAAAACAAACAAAAAAAAAAACAGGGUUUAAGUGACAGGACUGGGUUUUGUUGAUGGUAAAAUGCUUCUUUUCACUCUGCACCCAAGCAGUGACACUUUGUAGACACUGAUUUAUGCUAGAUAGUUUUAAGGAGACCACACUUUCACCUUUCACAUGAGGCAAAACUAGCUUAGCAGAGUAAGACUCAGCUCUAAGAGGUCAGUGUUUACAGUGCAAGGACCUAUGAAGCAAUCGUGCAAAAUAGUUUUCUGUUGGGAAGUCAGUGUGUCGUCCGCACUCUGAGGCUCCUCUGUGUCUCCUCUGUGUCUCAGAGGCAGACGACAGCUGUUUUAACCAUUCCACAUCCCCCCUACUCCAUUUUCCGCUUUCUCUCUCUCUCUCUCUCUAUCUCACUAGAUGUGAAUUUCACUUUGUGCACUCCAGCACGUUUGCAUGUGUGGCAGUAAGUGGUGGUGAAGUUUGUCUUUUCUGUGUGAUGGGGUGGGGGACCAGCCCCCUGUGUUGCUUGGUGUGUAAUUUGGUCAUUAGCGCUUACUGUCACAAACAACGCACCCUCGUUGUGGCUAGUUAUGUCUGAACUGAUGGAGCUGCUGCAUGCAGUCUGUGCCAAGUGAUACGUGGCCUUGGCCAUCCUCUGGGAGUCUCUUCUGAGUUUGCACCUCUGCUACAUCACAACUAAUU